AUGGGUGCAGACGCGCCAAUGGAUGCUAUCCCCGUGCAUAUCAGUCCGACAGAACAGCCGUCGUACAAGGGCAGGCCGCUGGUGCUCAUGAUGCAGACGUCGCAGUGCCUCCAGUUCAAGUCGCUCAUCGAGUGUCUCAAAGAACUUCUGUGCGAGGUCAACAUGGACUUCAUCGAAGGAAAAGGGAUCCGUCUCGUAUCGAUCGAUCCCGGCCGCGUGGCCAUGAUCCAUCUCGUGGUGAACAACAUCGAGAGCUUCUACGCGAAGGGUACGGUCACGGCGGGGCUGAACGUGGUGGUUCUCUACAAGAUGAUACGGUCGAUGACAUCGAACGACUUCAUGGAGUGGAGGAUCUAUGAAGACGAACCCCAUCGGAUGGAAAUCGAGCUCUCGAACUCCGAGAGACGCACCAAGACCGUGACUUCCAUCAAGCUUCUUGACCUGGACGCCGAGGAUAUCAUUAUACCACAGGUUGAGUUCGACCGAGUAGUCUCUAUGCCGUCGUCGGAACUGUCGAAGCACGUCCGCGAAAUGGUCACCGUGAGCCCAUUCAUCAGCAUCAGGGCCACGCAGACCACGCUCGAGCUCGUCUCCGAGGGCGAGAUGGCGAAAAGUCACAUUACGAUCGAGCCUACCGCGUCCGGUCUCAACUGGAAGCACAGCGAAAAGGGGGAAGACAUCGAGGGAAAAUACUUUGCGAGAUACAUAGAAAAGUUCACUAAAAAUUCUCUGGCCAUCAACGUCGAGCUCUUCCUCAAAGCCAACUACCCGUUGAUACUGAGAUUCGAGAUAAGCAUUGGUUGUUUGCGGUUUUGCAUCGCGCCGAUUCAAGAUGGUCAGUCAUAG